CUUAAGUCCGACAUGGCCCUACCUUCAUGUUUAUUAUGAUAUAAUUUGAUGAACAAGAGUAAAUGUUCUGUGCGCUUAUCGCUUUAGUUUUUCGAUGCUCUUAUCAAAUUAUCAUUUUACCUCUUCUUCGAAACAUCCAAAUCGUGUCCAAAUCCAGGAAAAACCCAAACUGGUAGUUUCAGUUCAGUCUUUUUGAUGCCAGGAUUAAAUUUAUAAUGGCGUAUUUAAAAUGUUUUCUUUUAAUUUUAAUGUGCGAUUUCUCUUUAGCUCAGAAUCAUAUUGUGUUUAAAGAAUUAAAUUUAAAAUAUAGUGAAAAUAAAACAAUCUGGCUCAAUAAUUCUGUAGAGUAUAUUUUGGAAUUUAGUGAUACAAAUAAAUUAGCCUAUUCUGAGCUUCCUCCAAGAAUAUGGAUUGAAAGUAAUGCUACUUCAAAUGCUCCUUUAAUGAUUGUGGCUAGGCAAAGUAAAGAAAUGCUCUCUUGGCAGCUACCAUUAGAGAUUGAAGGUGAGGAAGGAGAAGCUAUUUAUAAUUAUACUUCCAGGACAAUGUGCCAUGAUAUACUAAAGCAUUAUAGAAAAGAAGGAAGAAUAAGGAUAAACCACGAAAGUCCUAUCAUAUCUGUAUCGACAUCUUCAAUAGAAACAAUUCAGUUUACAGUAAAUGUUCAAUAUCAAACUAAUUUUUCAUUGCAGCUGAACCAAGAAUACAAUUUUACCAUUACUCCAAGUGAACCAAGGUACUUUUUUUAUAAUUUUACUACAAAUUCGACGCUAUUAAAGAAAGGUGACUCGAACUAUGAAACAGUCAUUUUGGAAGUGACUUCUGACGAUAUUUGCAUGACUGUUAGCAUACAAAAUAUAAGUUGCCCAGUUUUCGAUACUAACCAAGACGUCACAUUUAGAGGUUUUUAUGAAACCGUCAAUCGCAAAGGAGGUAUCACCAUACCGAAAUACAAAUUCCCUCAUGGUUUCUACGUGGUAUUCGUAGCUAAACCUGACGACUAUGCUUGCAAUAAAGCUGCCGGUUUUGCCGGUGAUAGCAGUUACCCGAAUAGACUUAAACGUAUUUCUUUAAUUAUUAAACCCAGCAUUACUUAUUCCGAUUACAUUCGAGCAGUUUUACUUACUUUAGGAUGCAUAGGUGCUUUCUAUAUAAUAUUUGGACUUCCUUACUUUGUGUACACUGUCAAAGGUACAGUUCCUAGAGAAAUGGCGUAUGUACAUGACAGUUUUCCCUCAACCCCAAGUGCACGAAUUGUUAGACUGGAGAUUAAGCAAAAUACAAACGAUGAUGGCACAGAAAUGUCUGCCAGAACGGCUUCCACGUCGAUCAACGCACACAUAGACGGACCUUCUGUCGAUAUGGCAGAUUUCGAUACCUUAAACGAAGUAGAUAGCGACAGAAAUUUGAGGUUGGGAAGAGGUGAACCUUACCUUAUAGACUUAGCCCGGAAACAUCCUAACGAACUGAAGAAAGGAUCCUAUUUGUAUCUGUACAACGUGUUGACCGUAGCUUUGUUCUACGCCCUACCGGUAGUUCAACUGGUCAUUACUUAUCAAAGGGUGUUGAAUGAAACCGGCCAGCAAGAUUUGUGCUAUUACAACUUCCUGUGCGCUCAUCCGUUGGGACUUUUAAGUGAUUUUAACCAUGUGUUUUCCAAUAUGGGUUACGUUAUGCUGGGCAUACUGUUCCUCAUUAUUACUUAUUUGAGAGAAUUGUCCCAUAAAGACGACGAUUUCGAUAGACAAUUCGGAAUUCCUCAACAUUACGGUCUCUUUUACGCCAUGGGCGUCGCUCUGAUAAUGGAAGGGGUACUGAGCGGAAGCUACCACGUCUGUCCAAAUCAAUUAAAUUUCCAAUUCGAUUCGAGUUUUAUGUAUGUAAUGGCGGUACUCUGUAUGGUUAAGUUGUAUCAAAAUCGGCAUCCGGAUAUCAACGCUAAUGCUUACACUACAUUUGGAGUACUUGCUAUAGCCGUGGUCUUAGCUAUGAUUGGAAUUUUGGAAGGCACUACAUACUUCUGGGCGAUUUUCAUUGUCAUGUACAUAACAAUGUGUUUCUAUCUUACCAUAAAAGUAUAUUACAUGGGUUGUUGGAGACUGAGUGAUGUAUCUAUGCAACGAAUGAAACAAGUUUGGAUUUACGACUUUUGGUCCGGACCGAUAAACGUUUUGAGACCGUGUCACAAAGCUCGUUUUGUACUUCUACUUUUGGGCAAUUUCUUUAAUUGGGCAUUGGCCUCGUUCGCCAUGUACAAGCAACCGAAGAAUUUUCCUGUCUUUUUGUUGACGAUUUUCAUGGCAAACACUCUAUUGUACUUUUUGUUUUAUAUUGUAAUGAAGUACGUCAAUAAGGAAAGAGUGAGAGUUUUACCUUGGAUUUUCCUGAUAGUGUCCACGUUAUGCGCCGGUUGCGCCUUAUUUUUCUUCUUGCACAAAUCGAUAUCUUGGAAGAGAACAGCAGCACAAUCGAGACAAUUAAACAGCGAAUGCGCAUUGUUACGCUUUUAUGAUUAUCACGACAUUUGGCACUUCAUGAGCGCCAUCGGUAUGUUUUUUACUUUCAUGACAUUGUUGACGUUGGACGAUGACCUGUCGCAUACGCACCAUUCACAAAUACCUGUAUUUUAAAAAUUUACUUACGCAAACGAGAUUCGUUUAAGCGUUAUUUUGAAUUUUGUUUCAGUUUUCUUUUUUGUAGUCUGUAUUAACCCAUAUUUUUUUUUGAUUGUCUGAAUUACGGACAUAGAGGAUGUUAUUCAAAUACAUGUACAUAUUAAAAGUCACAAUAGUGUAUGGUGUCCAAAAACGAAUGACACCAAUUUUAGCAAUAUAUUGUAAAAUUUCAAAAUGGGUCAAAUUAUCCUUUUUUUUUUUCAACCAAUUUAUUGUGACAUGCUACUGAUUUUCUUCGAUUUCCGCGGCCUCAAUGGUUAUUUUCUCCGCUGUUCAUUUGUAUGUAUCGGUUCAUUACACACAGGUUGCUUCUUGUGACACUACAAAAAGAAUUAGGCUACUUUGAGUCAACGGUCAAAUUGACUAGUAUGGUCGGACCGAUCGCUGAACAAUUUAAACUGCCUAGUUCUAAUUUUUUAAAUACAUGAUCUACAGCACACGUAUUUAUUCGAACUUUGAUAAUUAAUUGUGAAGUAACUAUAAAUGCCAAAAUGCCAGAGAAACCAACUAAAUUGCUAAAUUUAUAAAAAAAAUAUUUAAAAUGUCGUUUCCAAGCUCAUUAUUGGUAUUUUUCAAUUUCACAUUCUAGGGGCGUCCGAAUAUUAAUUUAUUUUAAUUUCCACAUGUAUUUCAAUAUCAUCCUGUAUAAAGAGUAUCCUAAACUUGCAAUAUUAAAUAAAAGAUUGCUUGUAUAUUAAAAAACAUAAUAUUAUGUAGUUUUUAAGAGACGAGCAAUCUUUAAGGUCAAAAGCUUGAGAGUUACUAUUAGUUUCAGUUUUCAAUGUUUCCUACUAGACAUUAAACAGUAAUUACAUACUGGGUGAAAUAAUGUAUUAUAUUAACAAAACAGAAACUAUGGUGUGAAAUUUGAAAAAUGAAUGUUAGUAAUGGUUUCUAGGGGGAGGGCAAAAGAUUCGUUCAUCCCAAAUAUACCAGAAACAUAUAUUUUGUUUAGAACCAGUCACUGCCUUUCAAAAAUGCUUGAACGUAUUUUUAUAUUUCCAAAUUGGAAGCAAAUAACGUUGUAAUAUAUUUAAAUUGCGUAAAUUUAAGUGACUGUUAAGUGAAUAUUAAGCCAUUACAGUGUAUUCAUCGAAUUUCUAGCCAAGAGUAACCAAAAUCAG